AUGAGUACUCUUAUCAUUGAAGCUUUUUAUGGAGGCUCCCAUAAACAACUGGUGGAUCUCUUACAAGAAGAGAUAGAAGACUGUGUGCUUUAUACUCUUCCUGCAAAGAAAUGGCAUUGGAGAGCAAGAACAUCUGCCUUAUAUUUCUCUCAAAAUGUUCCAGUUAGUGAUAAUUACAGGAUCCUCUUUGCAAGCUCGGUGCUUAACCUGACUGAACUGACUGCCCUUCGGCCUGACCUUGGCAAAUUGAAAAAGGUUCUUUACUUUCAUGAGAACCAAUUGGUAUAUCCUGUCCAGAAAUGCCAGGAGAGGGAUUUCCAGUAUGGAUAUAACCAAAUUCUUUCAUGUUUAGUGGCUGAUGUCGUGGUUUUCAAUUCUGCCUUUAAUAUGGAGUCAUUUCUUACCUCUAUUGGAAAAUUUAUGAAGCUGAUUCCUGACCACAGACCCAAGAAUCUGGAAAGCAUCAUCAGACCCAAGUGCCAAGUUCUGUACUUUCCAAUCAAGUUUCCUGAUGUGAGCAGGUUCAUGCCAGAGCACAAAAUGACCCAUUUUAAGAAGACAUUUGGUCUUAAAGGAAAUGAAGAUGAUACUCCACUCACAGGUCUUCCUUUCCAGCAGAAGAUCAGAGUUAUGGAGAGUUUAAUGAAAAACAGCCAUUUGAAUUUUGAGUCUGGACUUUGUGAAGUGCAGUCUGGCUCUCAUACCACCCAACGAGAUAGCCUAUCUAAUCCAUUAGCAAAGCUGGAGGAAGCGAAUAAGACUAGCCUAUCAAAAAAUUCAGACCCUUGUCAAGAAGAAGAUAAGCAACAUGAGACUUUUAACCUCUGUAAUAUUUUGAGUGGAACUGAUGAGCAUCUGAGACCACUGCACAUUGUCUGGCCUCAUAGGUGGGAACAUGAUAAGGACCCAGAAAGCUUUUUUAGGUCAUUACUGCGACUUCAGGAGGCAGGCUUAAGUUUCCACGUAUCCGUUCUUGGAGAAACCUUUACGGAGGUCCCAGGUAUAUUUUCAGAGGCCAAAAAAGCCCUGGGAUCUUCUGUCUUACACUGGGGCUACCUACCCAGCAAAGACGACUAUUUCCAAGCACUGUGCAUGGCUGAUGUUGUCAUCUCAACAGCUAAACACGAAUUCUUUGGAGUGGCAAUGUUAGAAGCUGUAUAUUGUGGUUGCUACCCACUGUGUCCCAAAGAUUUGGUUUAUCCGGAAAUAUUUCCAGCUGAAUAUCUGUAUUCUACACCUGAACAGCUUUUUAAAAGACUUCAGAAUUUCUGCAAGAGACCAGAUAUUCUAAGGAAACAUCUUUAUAAGGGCGAAAUGGCUCGAUUUUCUUGGGCAGCACUCCGUGGUAAAUUCAGGUCUCUGCUUACAACAGAACCUAGAGAAGAUUUGUGACAGAUGGGGCUAAGUCACAAACUUGCAGCCUAAGGCAGAAUCUGUAGAACUUUCCAGAGUGUGCCCAUAUUUACCUGAUCAGAGAGAAAAGAAAAUCUGCAGAGGAAGCCGAGCCUGGCUGCUUGUCAUAGCUGACACAGAGCCAUCUGCCACAAACCUGUGGCGGCUUCAGAUCUCCAAUCCCUGCCACCACCCCAACUCAAAUUAAAUACAGAUUCCUAGAGACGUUAUGAUGGUUACACAUGUCCUCGGCAUCACAUGCAGGAGACUGUUCAAAAAAAAAUAUGUGGCCUGUUGUAUAACCGCACUCAUGUAUCCCAUAUGUGGUGCCACAUUGAAUUUCCGGUUGAAUCUGUUUUUAUCCUUUGUACUGGAUGACAUGGUGCCUGAAUUCUUUCUUUUUGCCGACAUGAUGGCAGCCAAACUGCAGCUUCAAAAGCUUGCACUUGGCUGGGUUUCUACCUAGGUUGCCAGGUUAUCAUUGGAGCCUUAUUGUGUCCUCAAAGGGCCACAGGGCCUGAAAGAAGGAUCAGAGUGCUACUGGACUAAUUGGGCAGCCAUCUAUGACUUGUUUGUGGGCAAAGGGCUGCUUUAGCACUUUUCUUUUAGCAAAUUAAUGACUCUCUGGCACAGGGGUUUUUAAGUGAAGGUAUUAAUAAGGGGUCUGGCAGGUAUUCCCAUGAUUCACAGAGUUACAUUUGCAUUUAAUUAAUCUUAAAGAAAGCUGCAAGAUAAACAGCUGUAAUUCAAACUAGCAUGGGAAAUAUGCUAUGUGGUACCAUCUAUCCAAUAAAAUGAAAGCUGAACCACUUUUAUUUUUUUUUCCGUGGGCCGAGAACAGAUAACAGUUAAAUAUUUUCUAAUAAAACUCAUAAUUUUAAUGUAAAUGUUCAUAAAAAAUCUAUAUAUGCCGAUAAAGAUACAAUCUUUCCAAGAUAAAUCGUUCAUGAUUCCAACAGUCAAUCUGCUAUAUUUGUUGAUGUAAAGAUGUUUUGAAGAUUCAGAUUGUGGAAUAAAUUUUUAAUAAAGUGCCCACUGCAGUUUUUAA